CAACCGUCGAUUAGAUUUUGAAUUAUUAUUUUAUGUAACAUUCAGUACUAAAGACUCAAUUUAGAAGAUUGAGAAAAAUUGAUUCAAUUUUCCAAUUUUUCCGGAUUUAAUUAGCGAAAAUGGCCUCACGUCGCAUUGCAGCAUCUUCAAUUAAUUGGGCAGCAUUAGCUGAACGCGUGCCACCAACACAAAGAACCAAUUUCACUGCUUUUAAAUCAAAAAGCGACAAAUAUUUGAGAAGUGUCUUAGCUAAUCCAGAAAACCCACCAAAAUUAGACUGGGCUGCAUAUAAAAAUAAGGUUCCAAUCGCUGGAAUGGUUGACACCUUCCAGAAGCAAUAUGAAGCAUUGAAAAUCCCAUAUCCAGCUGACAACGUUUCAUCCCAAGUUGAUCAACAAAAGCAGCAAGUCGCAAAGGAAAUUGAUGGCUUCAAGAACGAAUCAAAUGGUCGUAUUGCCAAGCAUGAAGCAUCUAUCAAUCAUCUUAAGUCAUUGUUGCCAUUCAAUCAAAUGACUAUGGAAGAUUUCGCUGAAGCUUUCCCAGAUCAAGCUAUGGAUCCAAUCAACAAACCAACAUUCUGGCCACAUGACGCUGCUGAACAAGAGCCACGCAAGGAACCAGACAGUCACGAUCAUUAAAUUAAAUCGGCAAAUCCUUAAUUAAUAAUCUGUUAUCUAAAAUUCCAAAAUUUGCCCUGUAUUCAAGCAGUUUGAGAUAAUGUCGAUGCACCGAUGUCAUGUGCUACUUUAAAAUUCUGUCUAGCUAUGUAGAACAUUCAAAAAUUUGAAGGAAAUAAAACUUAAAUCGAU